AGCUCCCAUUUUCACACAAAAGUCUAGAACUGGAUCAGCUCGGACACUAAUGUCUAUCAGUACGUGUGUGUGCGUAUGUGCGUCGUUUGCAGAAUGAAAGACUAAGUCGAUAGCGUCGCUGAGUCGGCAGGAAGCUGCUGAGUCUGCACUUUGGUGGUGUGGCAACCAUGAGGAGGCGGUGGACGCCAGGAGAAGAUGCAAGCGAGCGGGGGUAGAACGAGGGAGGGAGAAGCGGCGGGACGCUCCCGACCCAGCAUUGAGCCUUGAACUCAUGAACCGGACUCGCAGCGCCCUGCCCGGCCUCCCUCCUCCUCCCUCUCCACCUCCUCCCUCUCCUCCUCCGCCGCCUUCAUUGUCUUUCUCCAGCCACUUCAGCACCAUGAGGUUUUCCUACCAUCUCGAAAACAGCGCCACCAGCAGGACAGGUCCCCCGUCCUCCUUGAGUCCUAGCUUGCUGGCAAAGAGUCUCUCUCUGGAGCCUCCGUGUGGCACACAGCAGCCCACCUCCUCCUCCUCAAGUCCCGCCGGACUCCAGGAGGAGGAGGUAAACGAUACGGGACCACCGCAGCUAAAUAAGAGCCGGCCUCCUCUGCUAGGACCAAAGCCUCAAGUCCCCCCCAAGCCACCCCAUUUGCAGCAACAAGUGGGAGCAUUGAGGACCCGACCUCGGGCUCCAGACAAACCGCUGCCGCCUCCGCCACCCUGCAAGCCCCCCCGUCCCGAGGACCAUGCUUCACCCACCUGCGUCCUGUCACUUAUCGAGAAGUUUGAGCGCGAGCAGAUCAUAAUGGUUCCUGACAUCACCGGAGGGGCCCUCUGUCCCCGCCUUCUCGACACCCCCUUAUCUCGACCUUCAUCUCCAUCGUCAUCGUCAGCUACUGCCAUCCCCAAGGAGGAGGAGGAGGGGGGUCUUCCUGAACUCAAAUGUCACGAUGACGUUGCACAGGAAAGGGAGGAGCCGGAGGGGCCAGAGGAGCCGGCGUCUGCGGAGAUGAACGAGCGCCGACCGUCUGACCAAUCCGGUCUGCCGCCCGAGCGUUUGUCCCUUCCGUCCUCGCAGACGGAGGGGAAGCUGGCCAAUCGUGACAGCGGCAUCGACAGCAUCAGCUCACCGUCACACAGCGAGGAACUCUGCUUUGUUGGUGUGGACGACGCUGGCGGCAUUGGUGGGGUUUACUCCUGUGGCCUCCCCCGACCCUCCAGCUCGUCCUCAUACGCCGGCGAGGGCGAGGAGGGCGAGGCCAGGGGUGUAGCCAGGAGGAGGGACUUCUCAGAGGAUGCAGACAGUGACCUCGAGGAGGAGGAGGAGGAGUUGUCCGAGCUUACCUUAGUGCUUUCAGCCCCCAGACAAGACUUGGCUGAGCUGUCCGUCCAGCAAAGGGUGUUCCAUAUUGCCAAUGAGCUCCUUCACACAGAGAUCUCCUACGUGUCCAAACUCCACUUACUGGAUCAGGUCUUCUGUGCCCGACUUCUGGAAGAAGCACGGUCCCGUUCUUCUUUCCCAUGUGACGUCAUUCACGGAAUCUUCUCCAACAUCUGCUCCAUCCACUGCUUCCACCAACAGUUCCUCCUGCCGGCCCUGCAGAAGCGCAUGGAGGAGUGGGACUCAAACCCACGCAUCGGAGACAUCUUGCAGAAGCUUGCACCCUUCCUGAAGAUGUACGGCGAGUAUGUGAAGAACUUUGAUCACGCCAUGGAGCUCGUCAAUACGUGGAUGGAGAGGUCGGCUCUGUUCAAGAGCAUCAUACAUGACAUCCAGAGAGACGAGCGCUGUGCUAACCUGACGCUCCAACAUCACAUGUUGGAGCCAGUCCAAAGGAUUCCUCGAUAUGAACUCCUGCUCAAAGAUUAUCUGCACCGUCUACCGGAGGACGCGCCGGACUACAAGGAUGCUCAGAAGUCUCUUGAGCUCAUUGCUACAGCAGCUGAACAUUCCAACGCUGCCAUCAAGAAAAUGGAGCGAAUGAGAAAGCUGCUGAAAGUGUACGAACUUCUGGGCGGCGAAGAGGACAUUGUGAACCCGACCAAUGAGCUCAUCAAGGAGGGACACAUUCUCAAACUGUCCAACAAGAAUGGCACGUCGCAGGAUCGAUACCUCAUCCUGUUCAACGACAGGCUGCUCUACUGCGUUCCCAAGCUGCGUCUUAUUGGUCAGAAAUACGGUGUCCGAGCUCGCAUAGAUGUGGACGGCAUGGAGCUGAAGGAGAUGAGCAGCGCUGCAGUUCCUCGGACCUUCUUGGUGUCUGGCAAGCAGCGUUCUCUUGAGCUGCAGGCCAGGACAGAAGAUGAGAAGAAAGACUGGAUCCAGGCUAUCCAGGCCACCAUCCAGAGACACGAACACACCAUGGAGACAUUUCGUCACUUGACUUGUUCGCUACGAGAUGAAGAGUCAACACCUCCUCACUCCCCGAGCUGCGCCGAACUUGGCAAGCGUGCACCUACGCCCAUCCGUGAGAAGGAAGUGACAUUGUGCAUGAAAUGCCAGGAGGCAUUCAACGCCCUUACUAGGCGGCGCCACCACUGCAAAGCCUGCGGUCAUGUGGUUUGUGGGAAAUGCUCAGAGUUCCGUGCCCGCCUCUCGUACGACAACAACCGCACUAAUCGCGUGUGUGUGGACUGCUAUGCUAUGUUAGUGGGGGUGUCCCCCCCGCCGUCUGUUGUGGCCGGCAGCAACCAGAGGAGGCGCUCCAUCCUGGAGAAACAAGCCUCCCUGGCGGCUGAGAACAGCGUCAUGUGCAGCUUCCUCCAUCACAUGGAGAAAGGAGGCGGGCGAGGCUGGCAGAAAGCCUGGUUUGUCAUCCCUGAAAACGAACCCCUGGUCCUCUAUAUCUACGGAGCACCUCAGGAUGUAAAGGCGCAGCGCAGCGUUCCUCUGAUUGGCUUCGACGUUUCGCUCCCGGAGUCAUGCGACCGCCUGGAGCGUCGGCACACCUUUAAGAUUUCCCAGAGUCACCUGACGCUCUACUUCAGCGCAGACGGCGAGGAGCUCCAGCGUCGAUGGAUGGAUGUGUUGUCCAGGGCCGGCAAAGGGGAGGAGCCUCAGCCUCACCACCCAAUCGUAGAGAGCGUGGAGGAAGAGGGGGAGGAGCCGGACGGCACAGAGGGCGACAACACGUGAUUUGUUUGAAUGAGGGGUGACGCAGGGAGUGGGGUCAACCGUCGGAGUUUAUUUAAUCCGGACACAAAAUGGGACAUUACCCAUGAGCCUCUGCACAGCUGCAGUGUCACAUGCUGUCCGAAAGCACAAUCCUCUUCCUCCUGAUGCUACCAUCUUGUCUUGAUGAUUUCAUCCAUUUCCUAUAAUUCUCUGAAAAUGUGAUGCUGUCACACCGCAAGUGGAAGAAUCCCAGCGCAGUAGCAACGUGUCAGGGAUGCCCUGAUGGGACACACUUGGACGCAAUUGCUAAUUAUGACUUCAAAAUGAUCAUAUUCCAUUUUAAUUUCAGGUUUUAAUUAUGUUAUUUCAUUAUGUUUGGUUUUUAUUAAAGAUUUAUUGGAAAAAAAUACAAGACAAAACAAGGUGGAGGAGAUGCAAAGGAGAAACCGGGAAUUAGACUGAGCCCGUUUGACAUAUGCCAGUCACGCCUUCUUCUUCAUCUUCUUCUUCCUGUCAUUCUGAUGACUCGCUGUUGAAUGUUGUGAGCGUGUACGUGUGUGUGUUUUGUUUGCUUGAUGCCAAAUGUUCAACCUUUGUAAAUAUAAUUUAUUCACCUGCAGUCACGUGACUGUCAGCAGAAGGGAAGAAGCCGUUGGCAGCAAGUCUAGGGUCGCAACCGCCUAACUUCCUGAGAGGGAGCAGGCUCUUUUUGCUAAGAUAGACCAAUCUUAUUCUGGAACUUUAAUGACAUUUGCUCAUUAAGAUCACUGCAUUUUGUGGAUAAGACAGUUUCUUUGUAUAUUUUUUAAUUGGUUUUCACCACGCAUUUUUACCAUGUUUUUUGGGGCUAAGUCAAGCAUAGCAAUUGACUUAGCUUAUUUUUUGUCAGAGUAGGCUUGCUCUUUCUGGUAAACUAGGCUAAUCUUAGAUGCCAUUUUUGUUCAUAAAGAUCACCAUGUUUGUGUGAAAAUCAAUUUUUUGGGGGGAGGGGGCUUUCACGCCAUGUAUUUAGCACAAAGUCUAGCGCAGCAACUGACUAGCUUCCCGGAAGGAAGCAGGCCCUUUGUUCUAAGAUAGGCUAAUCAUAUUCUGGAGCUUUGAUGGUGUGAGAUCAUCUUUGUAUGAAAGUAUUAUUAUUAUUUUUUUCACCACUUAACUUUCAGGGCACAUUUUUAGCAUGUUGUUUUUAGUUCCGAGCCUAGCAUAGCAAUUAACUCGCUUUCUUGGAGGGUGAGCUUGCGCUUUUGUGCUAAACUAGGCUAAUCUUGUUCUGGAACUAUAAUCGCAUUUGUUUAUUCCAUAUAUUGUGUUUUUUUUGUUUGUUUGUUUCAAACUUGUAUUUAACUUCAUGUUUUUAGUGCCAAAGCCUAGCAUAGGAUCAGACUAUCUUCCUGGGAGGAAGCGGCUUUUCAGGCUAUGAUUAGCUAUACUUAUUUCGCAACUUUGAUGAUGUUUGUUCGUUAGCUCACCAUGUUUGUCUUUUUUUUUUGGUGUGUUUCCACUUCAGCUCUUACUGCGCAUUUUUAGCGUGUUGGUUUUAGCAUGUGCUGCUCCUCUUCCCUCGGUGAUGUUUAAAGGAAAUGGCCUUAUGAUUGACUUCAUUUUUAUGUACUCUGAAGCUUCUGACUUUGUGUCUUUGUGCUUUAAAGUAGUCGACAUGGUGCUGAAUGCUAGAUGACGUCUCUAGUGCUGGACGAUGACAAAUACUUCUCUUUUGUGAGCUAGCAGGCAAGCUAGGCUGGGAUCUUUCCAGUCACUUGACUCCUUUUGACAGGAGAGAGUGGUGCAGAUGUUUACAUGUGGUCACAAGGUGGCGCUGUGAGUUCUGAGUGAACUUGUGCCAAAUGCAGUGUUCUAUUGUAAUAAUGUUAUUAUCGUUGUUGGGCUUUUUGCCUCUCGUGAGUGUGUUUCUCUUUUUACAAUUCACUCAUACAUUAUUGUGGACUGUAAAUGGCUGCUGUUACCCUGGAGACAACACAUCUUCAAAUCUAAGACACAUUAAUGGACUUCCUGUUACAGUUUAUCUUUAAAAAUAGAGAGAAAAAGAAAAAAUCUCAUCAUAGUAUCCUCUGAAUUAUCGGGAGCCUUGUGUUGCUAUGGCAACUGCCAGGCUCCAGAGCUUAACCUUUGGUGUCGCCUUCGUAACCGCUAACAUCUCCACGUUAUGAUGUCUUGUUGCUAUGGUGAGUACUAAAUUCCAGUGCUGCUAGGUUGCUGUGGCAACAGCAGCAGCAACAGAUUAUUGACGAUUGAUGAGCGAUGAUUGGUUAGUGGCCGGCCACUGCCUUCCUUGAACCUUUUGUGACACCUUGCCUUGUGAAUGACAUCACGUGUUGAAGAUAUUAAAAUAAAGCAUUAAUAAAGGUU